CCUGCAGGUGAAGAAGCCUAAUGUGGAAGUCCUGUGCUGGCGUGGUUACACGUGGUCUGCGGUUGUGAGGCUGGUUGGACGCACUGCCAAAUACCCUAAAGCGAUGUUGGAGACGGCUCAUGGUAGAGAAAUUAACAUUACAUUUUCUGGCAACCGCUCUGGUGGACAUUCCUGCAGUCAGCAUGCCAAUUUCACUAUCCCUCAAAACUUGAAACAUCUGUGGCGUUGUCUUAUUUGACAAACUGCUAAUUUUAGAAUGUCCUUUUAUUGUUCCCAGCACAAGGUGCACCUGUGUAAUGAUCAUGCCGUUUAUGAGCUUCUUGAUAUGCCACACCUGUCAGGAGGAUAGAUUAUCUUGGCAAAGGAGAAAAUCUCACUUAACAGGGAUGUAAACAAAUGUGUGCACAAUAUUUUAGAGAAAUUUUAUUUUUGUGCAUGUGGAACAUUUCUGGGAUCUUUUUAUUUCAGCUCAUAAAAUAUGGGACCGACAAUUUACAUGUUGCGUUUAUAUUUAUGUUCUGUAUACUAUAGCUUCAACACUAAAAUAACAGCAGUGUUCUGAAACAACAAUGGUUUCCCUUGUUCAAAGCAUUCUAGGCCUUUCUUCAUUAUUCUCCAUUUGUUGAAGCCGUCCACGUGAGCUCUGCUUCAGUAGAUGGGUAUAAGCCAUACUGAACAUUAUUUCAGCUUUAGACUUUGUGAAAAUCAACGUAGAAGGUAAGAUUCUUAAUUUUGACAUUAGCUGAGAUUGAUCAAUCUACAUAGGGAUAUUUUAUUAUGUGUUGAAUUGACUGUCUUAGAAUAACAUAGCUAUCGAUUCUGGUCAUAAUAUAUGCUAUCAUCAUACAGUAUAUUACAAGUUGUAUGCAUUUAUUCUAAUUAUUGUCUUAAGUGUGAUUAUUCAUAACAUUCAUAAGAGAUCCAGACAGUGGUUUGUCUGUUUUCUUCCAGCCUGCAGCCAGAGGUGAGGAGAAUGAGCCAGAAAGAGGGUCUGAGGGCCAACUCCUUUCAGUUCACUCUGGAGGGAGAGCCCUUUCGCAUCCUGGGGGGCUCUAUCCACUACUUCCGCGUCCCCAGAGCCUACUGGGAGGACCGGCUGCUGAAGAUGAGGGCCUGUGGGGUCAACACUCUCACCACAUAUGUGCCAUGGAACCUUCAUGAGCCAGAGAGAGGGUUUUUCAACUUCCAGGACCAGUUGGAUUUAAAGGCGUACAUCAGCCUAGCAGCAGAGUUGGGGCUCUGGGUGAUUCUGCGGCCAGGACCCUACAUCUGUGCUGAGUGGGACUUAGGAGGGCUCCCCAGCUGGCUGUUACGUGACAAAAACAUGAAGUUGAGGACAACCUACCCUGGCUUCACAGAAGCAGUGAACUCUUUCUUCGACAAACUCAUCCCAAUAAUUAAGCCUCUACAAUUUAAAGAAGGAGGCCCCAUCAUUGCAGUUCAAGUGGAGAAUGAGUAUGGCUCAUAUGCAAAGGAUGAACACUACAUGCCUUUUAUAAAGGAGGCUCUACUAUCCAGAGGAACCAAUGAACUCCUGCUGACAUCAGACAACCGGGAGGGGCUCAAAUGUGGAGGAGUGGAUGGAGUUCUCAAGACGGUAAACCUUCAAAGACUGGCCUACGGAACAAUACAAUAUUUAGCGUACAUGCAGCCCCAGAAACCUCUGCUUGUAAUGGAGUACUGGUCUGGGUGGUUCGAUGUCUGGAGUGAAUCUCACCACGUGUUUCCAGCAGAGGACAUGUUGGCUGUGGUGUCACAGAUACUGGAGCCAGGUGUAUCCAUCAACCUCUAUAUGUUCCAUGGUGGAACCAGCUUUGGCUUCAUGAAUGGAGCUGUGGCGAACCUUGGCACCUACAAACCUCAGGUCGGCAGCUAUGAUUAUGAUGCACCCCUAUCCGAGGCUGGAGAUUACACCACCAAAUAUCAGCUCUUGAGGAAUUUAUUCAGCCAGUUUCACAGUGAGAAGCUUCCUGAGGUUCCCUCUCUCCAGGCCAGGAGAGUGUAUGAGCCUGUCAUCAUUCAGCAGCAUCUGUCACUGUGGGAGAGCCUGCAGUUUACUGAGAAGCCCUUGAAGUCAGAGGAGCCUGUCAACAUGGAGAACCUUCCUGUCAACAGUAAUAAUGGUCAGUCCUAUGGCUACACUCUAUAUGAGACCACCAUCAGCAGGGGAGGCCUUCUGAACUCCAAGAAAAAUGUUAAAGACAGAGCCCUGGUGUUUGUGGACAGACACUUUGUUGGGGUCCUGGACUAUAAAUCGGUGGAGUUUGCACUGCCUGAUGGGAAGGGAGAGCGAACAUUGAGUUUACUUGUGGAGAACUGUGGAAGAGUGAAUUAUGGGAAGGCCCUAGAUGAUCAGCGUAAAGGUCUGGUGGGAGAUAUUGUAUUGAACCACGUGCCUCUGAAGGACUUUACAAUCUACUGUUUGGAUAUGAAGCCAAACUUCCUGAAGAGACUGAGUGCAGCAAGCCAGUGGAACUCAGUCCCCCAGAAGCCUUCCUUCCCAGGGUUCUUCCAGGGCAUGCUGUAUGUGGACGGCCAUCCCAGAGACACCUUCAUCAGACUGCCUGGAUGGAGUAAAGGAGUGGUCUUUAUCAACGGGCAGAAUCUUGGACGCCACUGGUCCAUCGGUCCCCAGAAAACCCUCUACCUCCCUGGACCUUGGCUUAAAAGUGGAAAUAAUCAGAUCAUUGUGUUCGAGGAACAGAAAGCUGAUGACAAAUUAGUAUUUGUUGAAAAUCCUGAUCAUGGAAAAACAAUUGAUGUAUACAAAUAUCCAUUUUGUGUUCUGCUUUGAAAUUAUCAAUAUUUUAAAUAAAUUGACACAGCAAUUUCUUAUAACAUAGUAAUAACACGGUAAUACAAAAGCUAUGAUUACCUUAACACGUAUGUAAUGUUGUUUUUGUGUUAUGGGAUGCGUCUACCACUGAAUGUGAUGAUAGACAUGUAUUUUUAUGUAGUCUAGAGCACAGUCAUAAGGCAAGUUACAUACACUACCGUUCAUACGUUUGGGGUCACUUAGAAAUGUCCGUUUUUGAAGGGAGUAGUACACAACAUUGUACAAGAUCUUCAGUUUCUUGACAAUUUCUUGCAUGGAAUAGCCUUCAUUUCUCAGAACAAGAAUAUACUGACCAGUUUCAGAAGUAAAUCUUUUGUUUUGGGCCAUUUUGAGCCUGUAUUUGAACCCACAAAUGCUGAUGCUCCAGAUACUCAACUAGUCUAAAGAUGGCCAGUUUUAUUGCUUCUUUAAUCAGAACAACCGUUUUCAGCUGUGCUAACAUAAUUGCAAAAUUAUUUUCUAAUGAUCAAUUAGCCUUUCAAAAUGUUAAACUUGGAUUAGCUAACACAACAUGCCAUUGGAACACAGGAGUGAUGGUUGCUGAUAAUGGGCCUCUGUACGCCAAUGUAGAUAUUCCAUUACAAAUCGUCUUGUUUCCAGCUACAAGAGUCAUUUACAAUAUUAUCAAUGUCUACACUGUAUUUCUGAUCAGUUUGAUGUUAUUUUAAUGGACAAAAAAUGAGCUUUUCUUUCAAAAACAACUACAUUUCUAAGUGACACCAAACUUAUGAACGGUAGUGUACAUACAUUAAAAGACAAGACAUUGAGUGGUGGAAUGUAGACUAUUACAACAAAGAAAGGUGAGAUGGAAGAGAUAAAGGACAACCAAGUUCAAAGGUAAAAUGCAGAUGUGUAAAACAUUCAAGUUCAGUACCUUACUCUAGUUGUCUGGAUAGGCAGUGUUAUUGUCCAUCUAAAAUGAAAUAUAGAU